ACUUUUACUAGGCUCUGUAACCUGUUCUAUCUUGAUUCCUUGUUCUCCAACAAUUGAAGCAUCUUAAAAGUUGGGCUUGCUCUAUCAGCACAGCAGAAGCUGUUCUUAGAUCUUUUUCAGAUCAUUUUCGUUCUCCAUCUUUCUUUCCCUUGCCCAUUUCAAGAUGGGAUUGAACUUGUUACCUCACUUUCCUAUAUGAGUAUCUUUGCUGAUUUUAGUCACAGAACAAAGAUAUGGCUCUUGCUUCACGGCCUAAAAAGGAGAUACAGAGAAUUGGAAUCAAGAAGUCAAAGAACAUGCUAUAUUCUGGAACUAGCCUGGCCUCUGUUGAAUCCUUAACCGUGCCUCUUGUUCAGGUAGUUGUUCUUUCAGCAGAUAUUCGAUGUGCAGAAUGUCAAAGGAGAGUAGCUGACAUAAUGUCAAGAAUGAACGAGACAGAAUCUAUAUCGAUCAAUGUAUUGGAAAAGAAGGUAACUCUCACUUGUAGGUAUCCUGUUGUGAGAGUUUCUACAAGGCAAGUUGCUGCUGUAUACAGAAAUCCUCUAGGCAAAAUGGCAGUGAUCAAGCGAAUUUUUCGUUCUUACUGCCCUUGAUGACAUGUAAAUGUUUCGACAAUGAACACAGUUCUAUUAUCAAAAGAUCGUGGCUGCGUGAAAUAACCACGUAUAUAAUUGUUAUAUUACGUUGAGAAAGUAAAAUAGAAUCUCAGAUACUUCUUAUCGAGCA